GCCUUUCGCUUCAGAGAGGGAAGUCAGCCACCCAAAAUGUUCAAACUCCUCCUUCUACUCCUCACCACCACCACCAUUUUGGCCCAGCAACCCUAUAGCUUCCUCCAAGGCCAGAAGCCAGCCACGAAGCCCCACCACAAGAAGCUCACCCACCUGCGCUUCUUCUGGCACGACAUAGUAAGCGGUCGUAGCCCGACCUCCGUGCCGGUGGCCCGGGCUGCGUCAACAAACACAUCAAGCAGCUUCUUCGGCCAAGUGAACGUGAUCGACAACCCACUGACGGAAGGCCCGGCGAUGGCAUCCAAACUCGUCGGCCGUGCGCAGGGACUCUACGCGUUGGCCUCGCAGGAGGGUAUAGGCCUUUUGAUGGCCAUGAAUUUUGCUUUCUUGGAUGGCAAGUACAACGGGAGCUCGAUCACGGUGCUCGGCCGAAAUAUGGUGUUCACGGCGGUGAGAGAGAUGCCGGUCAUCGGCGGCAGUGGGCUGUUCCGGCUGGCCCAGGGCUACGUCCAGGCCAAGACCUACACUUUUGACAUGAAAAACAUGAACGCAGUGGUUGAGUACAAUUGCUUCGUCCUCCAUCAUUAAGGUUGUUUCAGUCUUCCUGUAAAAAGAAAAGUUGUCUUCAUUGCAUAGGUGCUUCAACUUUACUUUAUACCAGUUUUGUGUAUCCGCAUGUGUUGUGGGACCUUAAUUUCCCAAUAUUGUGGUAUUGUCAUCCAGCGGCUAGCCCCAGAUUAUUGUUAGUACUUUUUAAAUAACAGAGGGAUGGUGCUGAUGUAAAUAGUGACUAAAUACUUCAGUUGGGGGGGAUGGAAAUCACUUAUUUAAC